GGAAGCCGAGUCAACGCUCUAAAUAAUUCAAGCUCCCAUUCCUUCUCUUCCACCGCUAACAAGAUGCCGGCCGUACAUCACAAACUGCUCCUGGAGGACGCUUUGCAGGACAGUCCUCAGACUCGCUCCUUGCUCAGUGUGUUUGAGGAAGAUGCUGGUAUGCUUACAGACUACACCAACCAGCUGCUACAAUCGAUGCAGCGGGUGUUUGGAGCCCAGAGUGAGAUGGGAUUGGCCACAGAGCAGCUCUCACAGCAACUUCUGGAUUAUGAGAAGAAAAAUUUUGCCCUUGGAAAAGGUGACGAAGAGGUAAUUACCACGCUGCAGAACUUUGCCAAAACUGUAGGGGAGCUGAACGCGCUCCACUCUGAGCUAGCCAACCAGAUGGCUGACAGCAUGGUGUUCCCCCUGAUCCAGUUCCGAGAGAAAGACCUUACAGAGAUAAGCACACUGAAGGAAAUACAUGGCAUCGCCACAGAUGAGCAUGAAGCAGCUAUGGUCAAAUACAGCAGAUUGCCCAAGAAGAAGGAAAAUGAGAAGAUGAAGGCAGACUUGGUGAAGGAGGUUGCCUACACUAGAAGGAAGCAGCACCAGGCCUCAUUGCAGUAUUACUGCGCCCUCAACGCCCUGCAGUAUCGCAAGAGAGUAGCUAUGCUCGAACCUAUGCUUGGCUACACACAGGCACAGAUCGGCUUCUUCAAGAAAGGCAUUGAGCUGGUGUCAAAGAAGAUGGACAACUUUCUCACCUCUGUGUCCAACAUGACCCAAAGUAUCCAGGCCCAGUUGGACACGGAGGCAGAGGCCAUGCGUGUGUCUCAGAGGGAGCUUCUGUCUGUGGAAGACACAGUCUAUAUGCCAGAUAAGGACACUGAGCCUGUCAAUCGCACGCUUAUCCAGAAGGCAGGCUUCCUCAACAUUAGAAAUAAAACAGGCCUGGUGACCACAGCCUGGGAUCGCCUUUACUUCUUCACGCAGGGAGGGAACCUCAUGUGUCAGCCACGUGGUGCGGUGGCGGGUGGCAUGGUGCUGGACCUGGACAACAGUUCUGUCAUGGCUGUAGAGUGCGAGGACAGACGCUACUGUUUUCAGAUUACCUCCCCCUCGGGCAAAACGUCAAUGAUUCUACAAGCAGAGAGCAAAAGGGAGUACGAAGAAUGGAUCUGCACUGUGAACAACAUCUCCAGACAGAUCUACCUGACUGACAACCCGGAGGCUGUGGCCAUCCGACUGAACCAGACUGCCAUCCAAGCAGUGACCCCGAUCACCAGCUUUGAGAAGAGACCAGAGGGCUCACCCAACCCUGACAGAGCGAAGCCAGGAGGUGUAUAUGCUGCUAGUGGUGGUUCACAGAAAUCAGGAGCUGCUCCAGAGCCAGAAGACCUGAUAGCCCCUGGGACACCUAUUCAGUUUGACAUCAUGCUGCCAGCCUCCGAGUUUCAGGACCAAAACAGGGCUGGAGGGAGACGCACAAAUCCAUUUGGAGAAACGGAUGAUGACUGUUCAACAGAAAGUGACGACUCCCUCCUGCAGCAAGUGUUUGCCGUGCGCUUCCAGGGAUCUAUGGCUGUGCGCUGUGGCAACAAUCAGGAAGUGAUCUAUGAAGCCAUGAGGCAGGUGCUGGCUGCCAGAGCCAUUCACAACAUCUUCAGGACAACCGAGUCUCACCUUAUGGUCACCAGCAGUAGCCUGAGGUUGAUUGACCCUCAGACUCAAGUUACAAGAAUAAGUUUCCAGCUUGGAGAAGUGUGUCAGUUUGCUGCCCACCAAGAGAACGGGAGGCUCAUGGGUUUUGUGGUUGAGGGCAGAGACUGGAGUGAUGGAGAAGAAGAGGGAGAACCCUCGUUUAGCGCCUUCAUCUUUGAGAGCAACACAGAGGGCGAAAAGAUAUGUUACACCAUCAGUUUGGCGAAGGAGAUAACAGAGGCCAAGAAGGACCCAGAGGCCUUGGCACAGCUGAUAAAGAACAUGCCUCUAACCAAUGAUGGCAAAUUCCUGCUGUUAGAGCCUGAGACGGGUGACUCGACCAAUGGAGCAGAAGAAGACCUGGAGUCCGAAGCCUAGUCCCAGGUAAGACCACAAGAAAAACAACCAAGACCAGGGCGGCGGUCCAAUUUCUGCCCAGGAGAGAAGGCUUUCUCUGGAUGACGGACAUUGUGACCCGCUAGCUCUAACUCUGGUACCGUAACACCCAUAAUAGAGUUUAGUUCUCUUCCACUUACCCUGCGUUACUAGAUCUACAGUUUUUUGCCGUCAUGAAAGCGAAAGACAUUGGCAGGGGGCUGCCUGGACCCAAAAGCACAUCUUAUGAGUGCUUCCAUUAGAUCUGCUUUUCUGUGGUCAGACUGUAACAUGGGUCUUUGGAUUUGGAGUUGGUUUUACGCCACUGUGGGUGGCACUCAAAAGGGACACCAUAUAGGACUUGAUUGUGUUUACUUGUUUUCUAAUAUCCCCAGCCAUCUAACAGAGGAUGGUGAAUUCUUUUCUUCAGUUUAGGUUUACAUAGUUUGGAGAGUUUAUUCCUUAACUUUGUUUUACAUGUUAACUUGUACGUACGGUAAGGCUCUUAUGCAACUACUCUGCUGUUUACUUCCUGUUUAUUUCUGUACAAAAAAGGUUAUCGCACUUCCGAGGUUAAUUUGUUUCAUAAUGCUUGGUUACAGAAUGCACUAAUUGAGACAUCUGAAGGAUCUUAGAAUUUUAAGACAUGAAAUAGUUUGAAAUCAUGUCCGUUCUUUUUAUCUGCAGAGAAGCGACUGUUGCAUUGCUUGCUGUUUUAACUCUGCGUGAGCAUGCGUGUCCCGAAGCAGCGGACACAGUUGGUGAAGUGAUUCAACUAAAUUUGUUCUUUCUGCACUCUUGCCACUGUCUUAGGCAUUCGCUCUAAACUGAAUUAAGUUUAGGAUGAUCUUUAUUAAGAUCUGUAUGCAAGGUCCUCCUCGAGCAGCCCAAAUAUUCUUUAGUAAAUCUGGUACUUUGCUUUAGGUUUCUUGAAAGUCUAUGUAAAUAUCAACCGUCCGAGUGUCUGUAUAAUGUUUAAUCAGAGUUGGCUGCAUUAAAAACUUUUACUUUUUAAAAGCUAGGACUGCUGCGGUGCAUGAUUAAAUAAUGGAGUUCUCUCUCAGUCCCUUCGCAGAAGAUUAAAAUCUUGAUACUGAGCACUAAGCUGUAAUACAUAAAAAAUAAUAAUAGUAAAUCACUCAAACAUUUCAGUGACGCAUGUAGGCCGACCACAGUGUGGUAUAAUGAACUCAUUGAAAAACAACAUGCUCUUUGCUGAUACAUAAGAAUAUUAAACAGAAAAACUGAGGGGAAAGCGAUCGAUCUGUGAAAUUCUGCCUUCCCUCAGUGCGGUUUUAUUCCAUUUCAGCCAAUUUGAGCUGUAACACUAAUCUCAAUGGACAGUGGAAGCGUGUGGUGCACUGUGUGAAUGUGAUAUGUGUUUGUACUGUGCAAAACAGACAGGGUCAAAACCACUGACUUGAUGUUGAUCGUGAAAGUAACAUUGUUGACCAGUGCUGCUUGCUUUUCCCACUCAUCAGAACUCGAGGUCGUUUCACGUUGAUUAAGUGUGGAUAUUUCAUUAAUGGCUGCCUGCUCUACUGGUUAAAUCAUUUCAGACUGUUUGAUUGCUCCUAACGCCGUUUAUUGUAAUCAGAGAAAUAGUUUGAUAUUCGGGAAAUGCACGUAUUUGCUUAACUGUCUGCAAAUGGAUACGAUCUUCUAGGAAAACGAGGGCUCGGUUUACAGCACAAAGGAAGUGCAUCAACCAUCGGGCGACUAAAACUGAAAGAGGAUGAUGCUUUUGAUGUCUCCAGCAGCUGUCAGUAGCUAUGCCCAGUUACCAAAGUAUUUUGCAGUAACUGUUAUUAUUAGUGGAAAUGUUUUUGUUUUUGUUUUUUUGAGGGGGGGGCUGUAGCUUUAUAUUCAAUGGAUAAACACUGUCGCGCUAUCAAUCUUCUCAUCGACCUUUCCACCAGAAAGCGCAUAUGUGCAUUUCCCCUAACAUCCUACUUUUGUUUGAAGUUGUAACGGUUAACCAUGUUUUCCUCUUUCCUGAUGUAAAUGCAUAUCAUUUGGUAAAAACAAAAUGUUGUCCAUCAAAUAACCUUGUACCCUCCAUCCUCAGGUGCUGGUUGAAAUGCUUCAAUCACACCGUUAAUAAAACUACAAAAAUGCCACCUAAACGUUCUUAGUGCAUCAGUCGUCAAAAGUCUGAAAUCUUUUUUCAUUUGAUGACCAACACACGUUGAUGCUUGUGUUGUACCUUUGACUGACGGCUCAGUUGGUAAGAAAAGUUUCUCCAACUUCCUGUCAAAAACAAAAUCCUCUUAUUGUGGCGUUCUGUAGCGCAUUACACGCACUACAGCUGUGCUGAAUAGUCUUGAUAUAUAUUUGCUUUGCAAGUUAAUGCACCGUCAGGAGAAAUCUGGGUACUCAUUGUGAGGAAAAUAAAUUCCAGUAAUAUAGCAAGGACUGCAUUUUCUCCCCCCACUCUCUGUCUUUUUGUAAAUGGCUGAUCUUGACAGAAUCCAUUACCCAUAAGGCUUUGCACUUAAUUUGUCCUAGUUUUCUAAUACCAAUGCUAACAUGCAAUCUUUAAUAAAUGUAAGUAAUUUUUUUCUUGCUCAAG